AUGGACCCAACAACACUUGGAAGAGGCAAGGCACAGUUAAAGAAGAAGCCUACAAAGAAGCAAAAAGGAUCUGAUGAAGAAGAUUCUACUUAUGUGCCACCUGAUGAGCCAAAGAAGCAAAGAGCAAAGCGAAAGUCAGUUCAAACAGGUGUGAUUCCUAGAAGAGUACGGGCAAAGAAAACUGGUGCUGAAUUGCCUAAAAGCAAAGAUGAAAAGAAAGAAAAGCAUGUUGAAACAUCAAAGGUUGCUGAAGCAGAAAAGAGUCAAAGUGUUGAGAUUCCAAAAGAAGCAGAGGUGCAGAAUGUUGAAGUACCGGAGGUUGAAAUUCAAAAGAAAAGUGUUGGUGAUGAUUAUGUUGAGAUUACGGGAUUCAAGGAAGCUACACCUCCACUACCUCCACCACAAGAUCAACCUGAAUCCUCUCAACAAAGGAAUACAACUUUUGAAAAUCUAUUUGGAGAUUCUCCACCUGCAACUGGAGUAUUCAGAGAAGAUAUUCCAGAAGAAUACUAUGAUAUGUUCAACAAUGAAGCUGUGAAAGAAUUAUCAAAGAAAAUUGCUGAACUAGAAAAGGAGAAAGCUAAAGCUGAAGCAGAGCGUGACGCUUUAAAGAAGCAGAUUGAAGAGCUGAUGAAAGUAAGUGAUCAAAUUAGAAUGGUCUUGAUAGAUCAAGAAGAAAAGAUAGAGAAGAUGGAAGAUGAUGUUGAAGAUAACACAAAGCUCUUUAAUGUCAUGCAAGAAGAAAUUUCUGAGAUGAAUAAAAAGCUAGCAAAGAUGAACGAUAUCAAUUAG